CGCUCAUCCCGCAGUGGCUACGGCGGCGGUGACGGUUGCGGCGCGGGGCAUGGUCCCCGGGUCGGAGGGCCCGGCCCGCGCCGGGGGCCUCGUAGCUGACGUGGUGUUUGUAAUUGAGGGCACGGCCAACCUGGGGCCCUACUUCGAGGGGCUCCGCAAGCACUACCUGCUCCCGGCCAUCGAGUAUUUUAAUGGUGGUCCUCCUGCCGAGACGGACUUCGGGGGAGACUAUGGGGGAACCCAGUACAGCCUCGUGGUGUUCAACACGGUGGACUGCGCCCCAGAGUCCUACGUACAAUGUCACGCUCCCACCAGCAGCGCCUAUGAGUUUGUCACCUGGCUCGAUGGCAUUAAGUUCAUGGGCGGGGGUGGCGAGAGCUGCAGCCUCAUCGCGGAAGGCCUCAGCACAGCCCUGCAGCUGUUCGAUGACUUCAGGAAGAUGCGGGAGCAGAUCGGCCAGACACACCGAGUCUGCCUCCUUAUCUGUAACUCGCCCCCGUACCUGCUGCCUGCUGUCGAGAGCACCACGUACUCUGGGUGCACGACGGAGACCCUCGUGCAGAAGAUAGGGGAGCGAGGAAUCUACUUCUCCAUCGUGUCUCCCCGGAAGCUGCCUGCCUUGCGGCUUCUGUUCGAGAAGGCAGCUCCCCCGGCCAUGCUGGAGCCGCUGCAGCCGCCAGCAGACGUGAGCCAGGACCCGCGGCACAUGGUGCUCGUGCGGGGGCUUGUGCUGCCAGUCGGAGGUGGCUCGGCCCCCGGCCCCCUGCAGCCGAAGCAGCCUGUGCCCCUGCCUCCAGCACCACCCUCGGGGGCCACGCUCUCAGCAGCCCCCCAGCAGCCUCUGCCCCCUGUCCCCCAGCAGUACCAGGUCCCUGGGAACCUGAGUGCAGCCCAGGUCGCUGCCCAGAACGCAGUGGAGGCCGCCAAGAACCAGAAGGCUGGGCUGGGCCCUCGCUUCCCGCCCAUCAGCCCCCUUCAGCAAGCCGCUGCGGGAGCCGGUCCCCCCUACAGCCAGGCCCAGGCCCCCCCGCUGCCCCCAGGGCCCCCCGGCGCCCCCAAGCCACCUCCUGCUUCCCAGCCCAGCCUGGUCUCCACUGUGGCCCCUGGCCCGGGCCUGGCCCCCCCUGCACAGCCAGGGGCACCGUCCAUGGCGGGCACCGUGGCCCCAGGAGGGGUGAGUGGCCCUUCUCCGGCCCAGCUCGGGGCCCCGGCCCUCGGCGGGCAGCAGUCAGUCUCCAACAAACUCCUGGCCUGGAGCGGGGUCCUCGAGUGGCAGGAGAAGCCCAAACCUGCCUCCGUGGAUGCCAACACCAAGCUGACUCGGUCACUGCCCUGUCAGGUCUACGUGAAUCACGGCGAGAACCUGAAAGCAGAGCAGUGGCCCCAGAAGCUGAUCAUGCAGCUCAUCCCGCAGCAGCUGCUGUGUCUCCCACAGACCACCCUGGGCCCUCUGUUCCGGAACUCAAGGAUGGUCCAGUUCCACUUCACCAACAAGGACCUGGACUCCCUCAAAGGCCUCUACCGCAUCAUGGGCAACGGCUUUGCGGGCUGCGUGCACUUCCCGCACACGGCCCCCUGCGAGGUGCGCGUGCUCAUGCUCCUGUACUCGUCCAAGAAGAAGAUCUUCAUGGGCCUCAUCCCCUACGACCAGAGCGGCUUCGUCAACGGCAUCCGGCAGGUCAUCACCAACCACAAGCAGGUCCAGCAGCAGAAGCUGGAGCAGCAGCGCGGGAUGGGGGCACAGCAGGCACCCCCGGGGCUGGGCCCCAUUCUGGAGGACCAGGCAAGGCCCUCGCAGAACCUGCUCCAGCUCCGCCCGCCGCAGCCCCAGCCGCAGGGUACCGUGGGGGCCUCUACGGCCACGGGGCAGCCGCAGCCCCAGGGUGCUGCCCAGGCGCCCCCGGGUGCCCCACAAGGCCCUCCCGGAGCGGCCCCCGGCCCGCCCCCUCCCGGACCCAUCCUUCGGCCCCAGAACCCCGGGGCCAACCCCCAACUGCGGAGCCUCCUCCUCAACCCACCACCGCCCCAGACUGGGGUGCCCCCGCCUCAGGCCUCCCUCCACCACCUCCAGCCACCAGGGGCCCCUGCACUGCUGCCCCCACCGCACCAGGGCCUGGGGCAGCCCCAGCUGGGGCCCCCGCUCCUGCACCCGCCGCCGCCGGCCCAGUCUUGGCCUGCACAGCUUCCCCCCAGGGCUCCACUGCCAGUGGCAAAACGAAAGAGAGAACGAGAGGGCCACGUGUUUCGAGAGAAAUGGGAGCGAGCCUAUUUCUUUGUGGAGGUGAAGAGCAUGCCUACGUGCUUAAUAUGCAAAAAAAUCGUGUCUGUGUUGAAAGAAUACAACCUGAGGCGUCACUAUGAAUCCAAGCACAGUAAGAGCUUCGACCAGUACACAGAGCAGACGCGAGACGCAAUACUCAAUGAACUGAAAAAGGGCCUCAAGUGUCAGUAGGGCUGGUUUUGGGAAGCGGACGGGAGCAGUGGCACGGCUGCCACGCACGGUUCCGGAAUCACGUGAAAAGAGUCACCUGGGCAUUCCAGCCUACCGACAGCGAGUUUAUAAGGGAGCAGAAAUGACGCCUCCCGAACAGAAACUCAUGUCUCUCUGGACCAUCCUUUAAGUCUAGCAGGCGUCUGCAUCCCAUGGGGAGGUGAAGAGAAAUCCGAAGACUGACAAGUCCGUUGCUUGAAUGAGUCAAAUCAAUAGUGGCCUUUUCUAUCGCUGCUCAUGAACUGUUACCACCCAGUUAGCUUUAUUUAUUUGUGGUGUGGAGAAUCUCGAUGUGACCGAAGAAAUCUGUGACACCGUGCCAAGGCAGGCCCGACACCGGGAAGUGACCUGUUUUCUGUGUGUUGAGAGAAAUGCACAGUUUCACGGAGACUGGUCAAAAUGCCUGAGCACAGCUACAGACCGUGGUAGUGAUCAAACGAUCAGUGUCACACGGGACCGACAGGGGACGCCUUGAUCCGAGGACUCAGAUCGUUGCAUCAUACCAGGCACUGACCUUACUAAGAAAGUCAACGGAACACAGGACACGACGUCCGUGACAGGCUCGUGUACCUUAACCACGGGCAGGCUGGUGAUGAACUUGACGCAAUGUGUUUUAUAGAAGCUCUGUGACCUGGUUGUCACAGGACGUGUGGAAGCAGUCUGAACCGUUGCAGUCCAUCCACUUGGUUCAUUUCAGAUGAGGCAGAAGCCACACCUUGGUUCCCCUGAGAAGGUCAGUCAGAGACUUUUGAUCGAGGUUCCAACCCUUCUGAACACUCUCUUUUCUCCGCAAGGACAUACACAAAUAGCUACUUGAAUGUAUGAUUGUGUUCACCCAGUCCUGGCAAAAAUGGGGAAGUCGUUGGCAGGGAAUAUUCUGACUCCCUUUCGUUGCUGCAGUUGGUUUCCAGAAACGAAAGACAUGGCCCAGACCACGUUCACCCAACUCGUGGUGUUAAAGACCAAAUUCCCCCAAGGGCUCUCCACAUCCAGACUUGAUGAAAACUAACACUGUCCACUUUGCCUUUGUUGGUUAAUGUCGAUCGUGUGAAUGCAGACCGCAAAUAGUAGUUAUUGAACGAACUACAGGGCAAUAAGCUGCUGGUUCCUAAGUGGGUUCCACCGGAAGAUGACAGUCCUACACCACUCUCCAGUAGUUGUCCUGCAUCUCUGCGUUUGGAAGCGGCCACGCUUGUGAACAGCCGUUUUCCGUUACAAAACUGAAUCAAGUUCAAUAUCGCUCCCAGCUUCAGGAGUCCAGGUUGAAUUCUCAACCACCCAUCCCACCAUGACAUCCAAGGCCUGACGUUGACAUCUGGGGGCGGCAGGGAUGAUGUCGGCCUCCCGGCUUCAAGUCAGGGAGCAGAAGAGUUACGACAGAGCAAAAAAAUUUUAGUAAUUAAAUAUUUCUAUUUUUCAAUUUGUAUUUUUUCAGUUUUGGAUUUGAAAUAUAAACUCCAGUAUGACACAUGUUUGUAUUAUGUUCCAUGCAUUCACCAGAGUUCAGUAAAGAUUCCAUUUGAUUAUA